CAAAAGAAGAAGAAAAAUCGAAAUCCAUCUCUUAGUCCAUUUAAAUAAGAAUCUAUCUGCUCGUUUACUCUCUCGGUACUAUCAAGAGAUCGGAAAUGGCGGCUGUUCAGAGAGGAAAGGUUUGUGUAACCGGUGCCGGAGGUUUUCUGGGUUCGUGGGUCGUCGAUCUUCUCCUUUCUAAGGAUUACUUCGUCCAUGGCACUGUCAGAGACCCUGAUAAUGAGAAGUAUGCUCAUCUGAAGAAGCUUGAAAAAGCUGGUGACAAACUCAAGCUCUUCAAGGCUGAUUUGCUGGACUACGGGUCUCUUCAAUCCGCUAUUGCAGGCUGCACUGGUGUCUUCCAUGUUGCAUGUCCGGUUCCACCAUCUUCAGUCCCAAAUCCUGAGGUGGAAUUGAUCGCACCCGCAGUGGAUGGCACACUUAAUGUGCUUAAGGCAUGUAUUGAAGCAAAUGUUAAGCGUGUUGUGUAUGUGUCCUCUGUAGCUGCACUUUUCAUGAACCCGUUGUGGUCAAAGAAUCAAGUAUUAGAUGAGACCUGUUGGUCUGAUCAGGAGUUUUGCAAAAAAACUGAGAAUUGGUAUUGUCUGUCAAAGACACGAGCAGAAAGUGAAGCUUUUGCAUUUGCAAAACAAACCGGACUUGAUCUUGUCAGUGUUUGCCCAACCCUUGUCUUGGGACCUAUACUGCAGCAGCACACAGUAAAUGCUAGUAGUCUGGUUCUUCUCAAGCUUCUUAAAGAGGGUUUUGAAUCACGUGAUAACCAAGAACGACAUUUGGUAGAUGUGCGUGAUGUGGCUCAAGCUUUACUCUUGGUUUAUGAGAAAGCAGAAGCUGAAGGAAGAUACAUCUGCAUAUCCCACACGAUUAAAGAACAAGAAGUUGUUGAGAAGCUGAAGAAUCUUUAUCCAAAUUACAACUAUCCAAAGAAAUACAUCGAAGCGGAAGAAAGGGUGAAGGUGAGUUCAGAGAAAUUGCAGAAGUUGGGGUGGACUUACCGUCCUUUGGAGGAAACACUUGCGGAUUCUGUAGAGAGCUACCGGAAAGCUAAGCUUGUCGACUAAAAACUUGGAAAGAAGAACAAAAACAAAGUGUUUUGGUCAUGUUUAUUGCUCCAUGUGUUAAGUGUCCUCAUCUGCAAUGCACACAACACUCUCUCAUCUUCUACUCCAAUAAUAAGAGUUGAGCACACAUAGUACUUUUGUGUACUUAUCUACAAAUUAAGUUACUUUCCAGUUUCAGAGUAUCAAACAAAAAUUUAGUUUCCACUUUUCAGUUUUGCUCUGUUAA